AUGCGGUGGCACGGCAGCGCCCCUCAUCGUGCCACGAGACCUGCCAACUGGGGUCCUGACGCCGUUCGCCACGGACAGCGGUACUGGCGGGGACGGCAGCCUGCCCACCCCGAUUGGACGCCGGCUCACGACCCUAGCACUGGGAGACGCUCCUUCUGGACCCCGAAGCCAAGCUCGGUUGGCACUACUGCUGAGCUCGAGGCAUGA